AGUCAAAGAUUAGGGGUUCUUGUCCCCUGAGCUUGUGUAACAUGAGCUGAGGAAAAAUGCUGUAUUUUGACCCCAGUCUUACAUUACGGAGUUUGGUGCUUUUAGUCUCGAACCAAUGAAAUCUUGGCUUGAUAGAAGGUGAAAGAGAGUUUGGUUUCAAACCAGUCGGACCAGCAAUACGGGUAAUGGAGGAGAGUCGUACUUCUGAGGCAGAGCUGAGAUGGUUAUUCAGUCGUCUAGCAACGCGUGAUACGAGUGAACGCAAUCUUGCAUUGGCCGAUCUUGAAAUAACAAGCAGCGAACUUGUGCCAAACGGAUCACCCAAUGGCACGGGAGAUGGUAUGCAAAUUGGCAGCAAGGACCACGGUGCUGAUGGGACGAUUAUUGAAUCGGCAGUAGGCAAGAAUGUGACUUCCACCCGCUUUCUAGCUAAUAUCUUACGGCUGGCUAUCCAGUGCCCUUUCAGUGAUGUAAGGGAGCGAUGUAAAGCAGUGCUGCAAGGAGUGAAGGAACAAGGAGGGAAGAUUCCCAGACAAUGUGGUACUGGGCCCAGUGCAUUCAUUCCCAACUCAGAGGUAUGUAGCUUUUAUUUUUGUCCUUCAAAAAAAAAACAACUUUCCAGUUUCCCAAAGAGUUAGUACUCCAUCCCUUGUCUUUAUAAUGGGAGCAGGAAAUGGUUGCACAAGUGUUAGAAAUAGUUUGGCCCAAAAAUAAAAUUCUAUUAUUAAAGGACAAGUCCACCCCAACAAAAACUUGAUUUGAAUAAAAAGAGAAAAAUUCA